AUGUAUACAGCGCGGAGCAGCGCAACUUUGCAAUUUGGUCGGAAUAUGGCACUUCAAUUACACAGGCUGCUACGGCAGCCCCGUGGGGCUUCUGUCUGCCACCCCCGUCGCAGUUUUAAUACUUCGUCCCCCUGGUUCUCGGGUCACAAUAAAUGGUCGACCAUCAAGCACGACAAGGCCAAGAAGGACAAGGGAAAGAGCAAAGAGCGGCAGAUGGUGAGCAGGGAAAUCAGCAGCGCUACACAAUUAUGGGGCGCCGAUCCGAAAUACAACCCCCGUCUGACUCUCGCGCUGUCGAAUGCGAAACGAGCCUCCAUCCCCAAAACCGUGAUCGAAGCCGCCAUUUUACGAGGUCAGGGACUCAGCGUGACAGGACAGGCAUUGGAAAAUGUGACAAUCGAAGCGAUGCUCCCGGGAUCGGUGGCCGCGGUGGUUGAAUGCCAGACCGAUCAGAAGGCGCGCGUGCUGCAAGACAUUCGGCACAUCAUCAAGGACAACGGAGGCACGGUGACACCUACGACGUUCCUUUUUGAGAAGAAAGGGCGGGUGGUCAUGGAGAAGAAGGACGGCUUGAAUGCGGAUGACUACUUGGAUCAGGCCAUCGAGGCCGGUGCGACGGAUCUCGUUAUGGACGACAAGGAGCGCUUGGUCGUGUUCACCGAUCCGUCCGAGACAAAGAGGGUUGGCGAGGCAUUUUCGAAACUUUCGGGCCUUACAAUUGAAGAGUUGGAGAUCUUCUGGGAUCCUAAUCCGGAUACCUUGGUCGAUGUGCAGGAUGAGGAACAGGUCAAGGAUCUCGAGGACCUCUUGAGUGCUUUGCGGGAUGAUCAUACCGUUCAGGAUAUUUAUAUGAACUCGACACAGAAGUUCUAG